AUGAAACAACACAUUUUUCUCAAACGCAUUCUUGUUGGUGAGACGAGAGAAGGAAGAAGAAGAAGAACACAGAGAGAAAGACCAUAUUUGAAAGCGGGAUUUGCUGGAGAAGAUGGACCAAGGGUUAUGUUUCCUAGCAUCGUGGGUCGACCUCGACACCAGGGAGGAGUGAUGGUUGGAAACGAAUGCUUUGUUGGAGACGAAGCUCAAGCCAAGAGAGAUACUCUUACUCUUCAAUACCCAAUGGAGGAUGGUAUCGUUAAAGAUUGGGAUGUCAUGGAGAAGAUUUGGCACCAUACUUUCUACAACGAACUACGUGUGGCUCCUCAAGAACACCCUGUGCUUCUCGCUGACUCUCCUCUAAACCCAAAGGCAAACCGCGAGAAGAUGAUGCAGAUCAUGUUUGAGACCUUCAAUACUCCUGCUAUGUCUUGCCUUGAGAGUUCGGGAGAUGGUGUGAGCCACAUAGUUCCGGUCUAUGAAGGUUACGCACGCCCACACGCGAUCAUGCGUCUAGACGUAGCAGGCAGUGGCCUAACCGACUACCUCAUGAAAACCAUGACCGAACGUGGCUACACAUUCACAACAUCCUCCAAACAUGAGAUGGUCAGAGAGGUUAAAGAGAAGCUCUGCUACGUAGCUAUUGACUACGAGCAAGAAUUAGAGGCUAAUGCGAGCUCGAUAAUCAAUAAACCCUACGUGCUUCCCGAUGGUCAAGUGAUCACGUUAGGCGCAGAUAGAUUUAGGUGCCCUGAGGUUCUUUUCCGGCCGUCUUUGGCCGGGAUGGAAUCUUUCGGUAUCCACGAGGCGGUUCACAACUCGAUCAUGAAGUGUGGUGUUGAUAUAAGAGAGGAGUUGUAUCAAAACGUUGUGUUGAGUGGUGGUACGACGUUGUUCGAUGGUUUUGGAAUGAGGAUAUCCAAAGAGAUUAUUGCGCUUGCACCGGCUAGUACGAAUGUUACACUUGUGGCUCCUCCGGAGAGGAAGUACAGUGUUUGGAUCGGAGGCUCCAUUUUGGCUUCUCUAAGCACCUUCAAACAGAUGUCGAUAAGUAAGGCUGAGUAUGCAGAAGAUGGAGCGAGGAUUGUUCACCGUCUGAAUUAA